GUGGAGUUGCGUUGUCAGUGGUGCCUAAGUCCGCAAAUGUGUAUAUUAUUCUUCAGAUAACGAUUUGAGAAUUGCUGUACUAUGAUGAAAGCAUACAAUGAAGAGCUAGACAGCAGUGCCAGCUUACCACCUUGCUAUGUUUGCGGCACUCCUUGCUGUGCCCACUGCCUUCUGAAUGUACGACAACCUUCUCCUGGAAAACCUUUUUUCCCGUUCCUCGAGACCCAUGAACCGCCAGAAAAUGUACAACCAAUAACAAACGGCCAAGUUUUAGCUUGUAAUUUGUGCUUCCAAAUGCUUCAAUUUCAGUGGCAAAAUUACGAAGACAAUCGUGUACCGCUCGUCAAAAGACUUUACUGGCUCAAACGGGAUGACGGACUGCCGUAUUCUGGCGUCGAAAUGGGCAUGCAGACAGAGUAUGCUUCGCAGUUUCUGGGACUUACACCUGACCAAGCUGUCAGCGAAGACAGAGUGUCUGUUAGUGGUCCUUCUCGUCCGCACUUGUCGGGCAUUGCUGCUACUAAACACCUCAGUCCCAGCCCAUCGCGCUCCUUAGUAAACUCUUCGAAUACGAGACUGCCACCAGCUCCCCGUACUAUAUCUGAGACCAUUUCCCCAGCUGUUCGUGAAAUUCCUGCCCGGGUUACACCCACAGUUUCUCCAUGUCCACCCAUAGCAGUGCCGAUCAAAGCCAAACGAUAUUACGAACAUAGGCCUAUACCUACGGAACCUCAGGAAGAGGCCCUGGACCUCACAGUUGACCGCACUCCCAAAUCAACAGUUGUCAGCUCAGAAGUGUUGGAUCUGAGCAUGCCUGAUAAAAAUGCUAUUACUGAAGUGUGCUAUGUGUGCGGCGAGCAUUAUAAUCGAGGUACACUUAUUAGCAUGUGCGCUAAAGAACUCACUCCAAAUCGGCCGUAUUUCCCAAGUCUGAUGUUCCACGCUCGUCCCAGCAAAUCUCACCCCAUGGAGUCGUCGGGUUGCGUGCAGGGUUGCCCAUCGUGUUACACUUCCCUACUGACGCAAUGGGUGUUUUUCAAUUCAAAAAGAAUCGAUCAUAAAGCCCGAUUGUAUUUGCUCGGUAAGUUUUCAACACCUGGUGAAAAUUCCAUAAUAUGUUAUGACUGUAAUCAACCGGUAUUUUUUACUGAUGCUAAAGUGGCGUUCAUUACGAACUCGGAGAGUAAAACCUGCCCUGCUGACGUAGGGAAGCGUGCCUCUGCUAUUGAGUGUCCACAGUACGUCUCAAGAGCAGCCAAGGCAGUUUGCUGCCACUGUCCCUCCGCUCAGACCACCGACGGCUCGUCCAGCGAUGCCAGCAAUGAAACCAUCGAGGUUUGUGAAACCGACUCGCCUGAACCAAAGAGACAAAAAUUAACUCAAAUUCCUCGAGAAUUUUCGACGGCUGACAGGCCUCGUAGUAAUGGCAGUUUCAUUAAUCUCCCGCCAGGUAUGAGCUCAUUUGCAGAACUGGCUGAUUUAAGCUCCGGCUCAUGUUAUUUGUGUCAUCAAAGUCACGCUAAACACAGCAUGCACUGGGUCAGCAUGUUUCCUGAUACCGCUUCCAGCGAUGGAGUUUAUUUUCCCUUCCUUAAGAAUAUUCACCGCGUGAAAACAGGGAUCAUUUCCGAGGACGGCAAGGUGCUGGUUUGUUCGUAUUGUUAUCAGCACCUCAAACGCCAAUGGGACGACUUCGAGUCCCGAAAUAUCGCCAUGGAGAAGCGCGUGUUCUCGUGCCGGCCACCGAGCUUGGGGUCCGUGUCACCACGCCUCACUCCCAAUAUUUCUCCUCCCCAUUGCUCCCCUGACCAAAAUAUUGGCGAGGAAUCCUCACAUCAUUCAUCACAGCAAAAUUCAACGCUUGCUAAAAGUGAGAGUGCUCAUUUUAACCUAAAGGAGCUUGAGAUAGACAUCUCAAAAAACAUCAACAAGAACUACGCGCUGCCCCCGAUCUGCACACAGAACCCCCUUAACAUCCCAGUCAAAUGCUACUUAUGUGGCUUUCCUUCAGAGCGCGGCGAGACAUACGUUAUCAGCAGCCGCAGGACCUCUACAUGUGAUAUCUUCUUCCCCUUCCUAGACGCGCACAGCUCUAUACACGAGAAUGCUUAUGCCAGCAACGGUAACUACCUUGUAUGCACAUUCUGCUUCCAUACUCUCGUGCAGCAGUGGCAGCGCUUCGAGAAGAAGCGUGUUGAGCCUCUAGGACGCUUCUAUAACACCUACAGCUUCAAGUGCUAUGUGUGUUCCCUCAAAACAUACAGAAAAAGAUUACGUAAAAUCAGCGUAGAGGACUUCCCCUUCUUGCGCGGCCACGUGCGCCCCUACGACGCCCUCGUGCUGGCCAACGGUAUGGCAGUCGCCGUGUGUACUGACUGCCACACACGCAUGUGUGACCAGUUCAACGACAUGGAGAGAACAGGAGUUCCCGUUGACAAACGCGAGUAUAAUUGGAUCAAAAAACCUGCACCUCCCCAGUACCCCCCACUACAAGUGGGGGCGGUAUUCCUGCCUUCGCCCCUCAGCCAGACGCCCCCUCCGCCGUCUACUGAAGGAGGGGUUCUUGCUGGCCCUCUCUCCUCAGGAGCCGCUCCUGCUUCAGUUCUGGGAGCAGAAGCCUCUACUAGACGGGCAUCUACCAGCCCCGGGGGCGCAAACUCUGGCUUUGCUACUUUUACUGCAGCGUCCGCUACUGCGUCUACUACCACAUCUGCUCCAAUGGCUGCUGUCAGUGGAUCAGCUGCUGUCAGUGGAUCACCUGCUGCCAGUGGGUCAGCUGCUGUCAGUGGAUCACCUGCUGCCAGUGGGUCAGCUGCUGCCAGUGGGCAAGCUGAUACCAGCGGGCCAACUGACGCUGCUACCGGGCCAAAUGCUGCUGCUAGCGGGCCAAGUGCUAGCAGUACAUCUGCAGACAUCGCUGUUAGUCUCUCGUCUGCAUGCGUGAACAAGGCGAGCAGUAGCAGCACAACUCUGACGAGCUCAGCGAUAGGUGACGUCCAGCGUCCUUUCAUCCCAGCCAGCUCUGCUAGCGCUGGCGGACGACCGGACUCGAAACAGUGCUGCUAGGACUCGGCGUCACGACGCGGCCGCUGUGUUUACAUAGCAAUACCACACCAAGACCAUGCAAAUACCUGUCAUUUAUACUGUUGUGUUCACCAAGCAUUUCUUCUCUUGCGUUCACCGAACAUUUCUUCUCUUGCGUUCACCAA